UUUUUUAAGCUCCGUCGACCUAACUAUUGGUUUUAGGUUUUCCAUAUAUCUUCCCUUCUCUACUUGUCUGCUGAUUGCAGCCCUCUCCUCUCUCCACCGCUAAACCUGCUCUCUCUACCUCUCUAUUUUCCAUUGCCCUAAGAAGCUGCCAGCAAUUGCAUUUAUCACAGUCGCCGCUGACAAUUGUACCAUCCCCAGACACUGGCGGAGCAGCUCCAUAAAUCGAUCAUUUCAUCACAAAAGCUCAAAUAAAAAAAAAAAAAAAACAGUCAAAGCUGAACGCCGGAAGAAGUCUACAUGAAUUUUAUUGAUUGAAGCUUGCUUGCCAGUGCAGCUUGGUUGUUGGUAUGAGUAUGACCAGUACUGUCAAACAGGGUUCUCUGGACUGGAGUGAAGCAGUUAUUGGAGAUUGAUAUUGCUCUAAUUAUUCUCAAUUUUUAAGACCAUUUCAAACAAUAUGGCUGUCCACUCUAGGCUUAGGCUGAUUUCCUACUCACAAGAGCUUGUAGAUGGACAGCCAGUCUAUGUUUCUUCAAAUUCCCUUCCAAUUAAGGCUUUAAAAUUUGAACCUGCUGGGCAUGCAUUCCACACGGCUGCUCUCAAACUACUUGGCUGUGAGGAGGAAGAUGCAGACAGUGAAGAUCAGAAAGUGUCCAAUGAAAAAGAACAGGCAUAUAUGCCAUCAUAUGAUUCUUAUAGCAGCAAAGGUAAAAAGAAAUCUGGCAUUGGAGACAAGCAACAAGAUCAUUAUGCCUUGUUAGGUUUGGGCCAUUUGAGAUAUCUUUCCACAGAAGAACAGAUAAGAAAAAGCUAUCGUGAGGUUGCUUUGAAAUAUCAUCCUGACAAACAGGCUGCUCUUCUUCUUGCUGAGGAAACUGAGGCUGCAAAGCAAGCAAAAAAGGAAGAAAUAGAGAGCCACUUUAAAUCCAUCCAAGAAGCGUAUGAAUUUUUGAUUGAUCCUGUAAAGAGAAGAAUUUAUGACUCCACAGAUGAGUUUGAUGAUGAAAUUCCCACUGACUGCGCAUCUCACGACUUCUUCAGGGUGUUUGGUCCUGCAUUUAUGAGGAAUGGACGAUGGUCAGUAAACCAGCCAGUCCCAUCUCUUGGUGAUGAUAACACUCCCUUAAAAGAAGUUGAAAACUUUUAUGAUUUUUGGUACAGCUUUAAGAGCUGGAGAGAGUUCCCACAUGCUGAUGAGUUUGACCUUGAGCAAGCUGAGUCUCGCGAACAUAAGAGGUGGAUGGAGAGGCAGAAUGCAAAACUCUCAGAGAAGGCAAGGAAGGAAGAAUAUGUACGGAUACGUACUCUUGUUGACAAUGCUUAUAGAAGAGAUCCAAGAAUAUUGAGGAGAAAGGAAGAGGAAAAAGCUGAAAAGCAGAGAAAGAAAGAAGCUAAAUUUUUGGCAAAGAAGUUGCAGGAGGAAGAAGCUGCAAGGGCUGCUGAAGAGGAGAAACGUCGUAAGGAGGAGGAGGAAAGGUGUGCCGCUGAAGCUGCUUUGCAACAGAAGAAGUUAAAGGAAAAAGAGAAGAAACUUCUGCGUAAAGAACGGACUCGUCUUCGAACACUUUCAGCUUCUAUUUUGUGUCGGCAUUUGCUUGAUCUUUUUGAGGAUGAUGUCGAAAAUCUUUGUUUGUCAUUGGAUAUUGAGCAGCUGAGGAAUAUAUGUGAUGAGAUGGAGGGUAAAAACUUGCUAGAGCAAGCAAAAGUGCUCAGAGAUGCAGGUGGAUCUAGUCAUGAUUCUGAGAGCAAUAUCCAAGACGAGAAGAAAAAUGUACAACAGAAUGGCUCUGCUGUAUCGGAUGGAAGUGUUCCAUUAAGCAGCUUGGAAAAGAAAGAGAAACCUUGGGGGAAAGAAGAAAUUGAGCUUCUGAGAAAAGGAAUGCAGAAAUAUCCCAAAGGAACAUCUCGAAGGUGGGAGGUUAUUUCAGAGUACAUUGGUACGGGAAGAUCUGUUGAGGAAAUUCUGAAGGCAACAAAAACUGUCCUCCUUCAGAAGCCUGACACUGCUAAAGCUUUUGAUUCCUUUCUUGAGAAGAGGAAGCCUGCGCAAUCCAUUGCAUCUCCACUUACAACUAGAGAGGAAAUGGAAGGAUCUGCAACUAAACAAGGGCCUGAAAGCAGUGCGGCAAAGAUGGAUAAUUCAGAGGAAUCUUCGAGUAUAUCUGAGAAUAACAAGAAACCUGAUGAAGGGGUUGCUGAAAAUGGGGUUUCUUUGAGCUCAGAGCAAGAUGCAUGGUCUGCUGUACAGGAAAGAGCACUAGUUCAGGCUCUGAAAACCUUCCCAAGGGAAACCAGUCAACGUUGGGAGCGAGUUGCAGCUGCUGUUCCUGGGAAGACUGUUAAUCAGUGCAAGAAAAAAUUUGCUUUGCUAAAAGACAACUUCAGAAACAAGAAAAAUGCAGUCUAGUUUGUUGGAUGGGCCCUAAGGUUGUUUUGAAGUGCAGACUUGUAUGAGAUAGUCAUUGAUUUUUCCUUUUUUUGCUUUAGAUUCCAUUAUUUUCCUUCCAGGAUGGAAUCACUGAUGCUGCAUGCGAGAAGAGAGUAAUUGUUAUCUCUCGUCUCACCAUCUAGCUUUUACCAACUGACUUUUGCUGUUAUGACUGUUAAUAUAUUUUGCUGUAGACAUUGUCAGGUGGAGAGCCGUGGAUACGAAGUUUUUUGGUUGUCACUGUUGAAAGUGCUCCAUGUCAAGAGCAAUAUAUUAUAUAAUUUUAUCUCCA